GUCAGUCAAUGUGGGACGGAGUUUUGUCUGUUUGUUGGUAGAGAAGGCGGGGAGAGUGGGUCGUUGACUUGACACAGGGGUUGCUUUAAUAUAGUUUUGUAAGCAAAAAAGCCAAGUAUGGCGUCAGGUGAAACACUGUAUAUUGAAACCGACGGCUCUGAGAUGCCGGCCGAGAUUGUGGAGUUGCACGAAAUUGAAGUUGAGACCAUCGAGACUACAGUGGUCGGCGAAGACGACGACGAGCACCAGCCGAUGAUCGCACUGCAGCCUCUGAUUACGGACGAUCCUAACCAUGUUAACCAUCAGGAGGUUAUUUUGGUGCAAACUCGAGAAGAGGUCGUGGGCUGCGAUGAUUCCGAACUCCACGGAGACGACAGUUUUGAGGACCAGAUCCUCAUUCCCGUGCCUGUUCCGGUGGCAGAAGAGGAGUAUAUCGAGCAGACUUUAGUUACCGUGUCUGGCAAGAACCCGUCUGGUCGGAUGAAGAAAGGUGGAGGCGGCGGGAAAAGAGUGAUCAAAAAGAGCUUCCUAAACUCCGCUGAGGCGAGCGGAAGAAAAUGGGAACAGAAGCAAGUGCAGAUAAAAACAUUGGAGGGGGAGUUUUCCGUCACUAUGUGGGCAUCGGAUGAUAAAAAGGAUGUUGAUCAUGAGACUGUGGUGGAGGAGCAGAUUAUUGGUGAAAACUCCCCUCCUGACUACUCGGAAUACAUGACAGGAAAGAAACUGCCCCCUGGUGGUAUACCUGGCAUUGACCUGUCAGACCCCAAACAGCUGGCAGAAUUUGCAAGAAUGAAACCAAGGAAAAUAAAGGAGGAUGACUCUCCGAGAACGAUAGCAUGCCCCCACAAAGGUUGCACAAAAAUGUUCAGAGACAACUCUGCAAUGAGGAAGCACCUGCACACCCAUGGGCCACGGGUUCACGUCUGCGCCGAAUGUGGGAAAGCGUUUGUGGAAAGUUCCAAGCUUAAACGACAUCAGUUGGUACACACUGGCGAAAAGCCUUUCCAGUGUACUUUCGAAGGUUGCGGUAAACGCUUUUCAUUGGACUUUAACUUGCGCACCCACGUCCGAAUUCACACUGGAGACAGACCCUACGUUUGCCCAUUCGACGGCUGUAACAAGAAGUUCGCUCAGUCCACCAACCUGAAAUCUCAUAUUUUGACACACGCAAAAGCUAAAAACAAUCAGUGAGUAAAGUUCGCUAAAGACUUGACCUGACAGCAGCUUCCCGAGCUCCAAAACCCACUUUGUAUGUUGUUUCUAAAAGCAUUUUUCUAAGAGAAUCUCAGUGCACAUUUUGAUGGGAUUAAAAUGUGAAUGAGGACCCCACACCCAACUAUCCCAUCACCGUCGUAUGGUAUAGACCAGAAAUAAUUGCCGAACUUCCCAGUUAAGAGAGUUUCUUCUUUCGAAGAUGUGAUUGUCAAUCGUGGACCCUCAUUCACGUACGAGAUGCUCAUUCUCCUGAGCCCAAAGAAUCUGUGUGUCUAUUUCUACCCGUUUGCAAAGACAAAGACUGCUUUUUAGAUGUCUUCGAAGUGUGCAUAUUGUACACUUUUAGAGCAUAGAGUGUGUGUGCGUGUGUUGUCCCCGAGACUUAAAACCUGUGAAUGCUUUUCUUCAUGGAGAAUAAAAUGCAGUUCAGCUUUUUUCAAUGUAAAUAGAGCUUUUCUUUGUGAGAGCUAUCCUGUGCAGGUAUCUCAUUUUGUAUACCUGAUCUGUACAAAUGUUUUGAAAUCAUGUAGAUAAUAGAGAUGUUGAUUAGAUAAUUGUGUUUAACCAAUUAAAACCGUUUUAUCCAGCUUCAGGAAAUACUACAUACACAUGCCUUCUUUUGUAAUACAAUAACAAUCUUCUCAGUAUGUGAAAAUAUACUUUUCCUUUAAAUACUUUAAUUUAUUAAAUGAGAUGGAAUAAAGUUAAACUCCCCUG